UUUGCGCGGUCAACAAGUGUCCUGCCAAAAGCAUCUUUAAACAGUGUUUUGCCUCUUGCGCUCAAUUCCAAGCUAUCCCAAGUUCUAAGAAUAUAUUUUCAUCGUGUGGCAUGCCAAUUUGAUUGCAAUUACAAUAUCAUCUUUCCAUUAAACAACUGAUUUCUAAAUUAAAGCUGCUAUCAUGGGCAUUGCGUUGAUGUUCCUCCUGGCCCUGUACCAAAUGCAGUCGGCCAUCCACAGCGAGAUCAUUGAUGCACCCAACUAUGCGGAGAACGAACUACUGACUGAGGACACUCCAAGUAACACAAAUGCGGAACCACGUAUAGCUGAGAGCGAGCUGCUCGAUGGUUUGAUGCUGGAGAAACCGGAGCAAACGGAACUGGAAUUCCGGUAUCCCAUCUCGGCCAUUGGCAUUGAUUAUGCCAAAAAUUCGGUGGUGUUGCGAUUCCAGAAGAAUGCCCGCAAGCAGCGCUUUAAAUACGAUCCUGAGUACGAAAUGCAGCGCAAGUCCUUGAAGGAUAAUUUCAUGCACUUUGGCAAGCGGCAAGCGGAGCAGUUGCCACAGCCAACGGGUAGCGGUUACUUCGAGAGUGUGAAGCGUGCCGCCAUGGAUCGCUACGGUCGGGAUCCCAAGCAGGACUUUAUGCGCUUCGGACGGACGCCGUCGGACUUUAUGCGCUUCGGACGCGCAUCGUCGGAUUACAUGCGUUUUGGCCGCGAUCCCAAGCAGGACUUUAUGCGCUUUGGUCGUGAUCCCAAGCAGGAUUUCAUGCGAUUUGGUCGCUCCGAUAACUUUAUGCGAUUCGGCAGAAAUAUGCAUUUCCACGAAGAGUUGCGCAGUCCCAAACAGGACUUUAUGCGUUUCGGUCGCCCGGAUAACUUUAUGCGCUUCGGUCGCUCAACACCUGCGGAAUUUGAACGUUACGGUAAACUGGAUUCGAACUUUAUGCGUUUCGGGAAGAGCAUUCAUGGCGCUGGCUUAACAAACUCGGAAUCGAAUCAGACCAAAUCGCAGUUGCAACAGGCCAAAGUCGAUGGCAAGCAGCAGACCAGCGAUGAGAGCAAUCCCUCGGACAAAGCCAUAACUAUGCUCUUCAGCAAGCAUCAACAACAGCAGCAGCAACAACAACAGCAACAGCAGCGGCAGCCGGAGGAGCAGCAACAGUUGAAGAGCAGCGAACAGACGGAAGCGCAGAACAACUUGGAUGACAGCAGUGUGGAGCAAUUCUAUGAGCCAUAGAUAUUUGUUGCUCCGAUCCGAAUGCACCUUGUAAAUAUUAAUUGGCCAAAGCUGAACAAAAAACUAUUGAUAAAUGUAUUUACUAUAUGUAUAUGCUAGAUAUUCCCAAGAAACGUAAACUUGUAAUUCCUUUGAAUUUUUAAUGGGGCUGGAUUAAAAAUUCACCACGCUUUGAUCUGAUCAAUACCAAAAACAACUAAAAAAAAAGAAAAACAGCAAAAAAUUAACCAAAUUACUGGUGUGCACACUCACGCACACACAUUUACACCAAUGCACAUACAUACAUAAUACUUAUUAAGUGUAAUAUCAAAA